CUGGAUCUCAGAAGGAAGGGCCUUUGCUUGCUUCAGGAAAUCAGACCUGCUUUUGAACUGGACUAUUUUGGCUCCCCUUGGAAGAACUGUGGUGGCUCUCUCAGCCCUGCAAGCUCCUAGACUCCGCAGUACAUGGAAAAAUGCAAGCUUUACCAGACGUGAAAGCGCCGUGUGAGGCUCUUCCUUCCCCCAGCCUGGAGCCCUACCCGCAGAGCUCCAUUGUGGUGACCCUCGAGGACAUGAGUCUCUGGAUGAAGUUUCAUCAGAUAGGAACUGAGAUGAUCAUCACCAAAUCGGGCAGACGAAUGUUUCCACAAUGCAAAAUCAAAGUCUCUGGCUUAAUCCCAUAUGCCAAGUACCUCAUGCUGGUAGAUUUUGUGCCAAUGGACAACUUCAGGUACAAGUGGAAUAAAGAUCAGUGGGAAGUUGCUGGAAAAGCAGAGCCCCAGCUCCCUUGUCGCACUUACGUCCACCCAGAUUCCCCAGCUCCUGGCAGCCACUGGAUGAAAGAACCUGUCUCCUUCCAAAAGCUGAAGCUCACCAACAACACUCUGGAUCAGCAUGGGCAUAUCAUCCUCCACUCCAUGCACCGUUACAAGCCUCGCUUCCACAUUGUGCAGGCAGAUGACCUCUUCAGUGUCCGCUGGAGCAUCUUCCAAGUCUUCAGCUUCCCUGAGACUGUCUUCACAUCUGUUACUGCCUACCAGAAUGAGCAGAUUACGAAGCUCAAGAUUGACAACAAUCCAUUUGCUAAAGGUUUCCGCGAGCAUGGGAAGAACACUCGAAGGGAAGGACGAGCCAAUUGCCAGAAGCCUAGUCCAGCCAAGGGCCAGAAGAGGAAGCUGCCCAAGGAAAAAGAGUCUGGUGCUGAAGAGCGUGAUUUUGAGAAAGAUGAGAAUGUAGAUGUGAAAGAAGAGAGUAACCCCGUCGUGGUCAGCAGCGGCUACCCCUUCUGGGUCUCAGAGCAGAAUAGCAGCCAUGCCUUUCCUGCAGCAUCACCCGUGCCAGCUGACCAGAGGGAGGGUCUGGCCAGAGAGCAGCAAGUACCUACACCAUCCUACCAGACAUAUCGGUUCCAUGAAGCUGGGGACAGUCAGCAGCUUCCCACCCGCGAUGCAGCAACCUUGAACGAUUUCCGGGCAAGGUGCCACCCCUUGGAUCUCGCCACGGUGCCCGAGCACGACUCCAAACAGCUCCCAGAGGGUUUCACCAACCUGCCUCCGCUCCCCCCGCCUCUGCCUCCUCCCCAGGACUACACAGGAGUGGUGAACAUGGCUCUAGACUCUGUUGGGAAACCCGGGGCCCGAGCACCCAUGUACAGUCCCUAUGGCACCGAGCAAGGCCUCGGCCAGUGGAUGGUGCCUUCCCACAGCCAGUACAGGGCAAUGAGCUACUCGGCCUUCUCCACAGAGUACAAUACGCAGGGGGCUCCGGGACAUGCCCAUGGGACCAUGGCAGAGUGGAGCCAGUACCCUCUGUUCCCCUAUGCCUGCUGGUGAAGGGGGAAGACACUUCCCAAUGAAAAAACUGAAAGAAAAUUGUAAAUGAGAUCAAAUUUGCUCUGGAGUGUUGACCUUUUGAAGCCUUGCCUACACUAGGCAAAGAGGUAUUGCUGCAAGAGGUAGCAUGGGACACCUUCACUUCCUUGUCUCCUUGCUCAACAACCCUCACUGUAUUUCACAAGCAGUGGCUAAAGUGGUGGCUGCCCCAGCCGUGUCAGUGUGGGUCUGGCUGAAUCAAUGCGUUCUGUAGUGCUUUUUUUCCCAGCAGGAGUAGGAAACCAGAGGAGCUGUGAGAGCAGUAUUUAAAGAGCUGCCGAACUCUGUCCUGGGCUGUUUGCAUCUUGCAUUUGGCAGUUUCCAAAAUCCCUUCCUCCCAGGACUUGCGUGCAAGGAGACAGGGGCUGAGGAGUUUCAGUAAGCUGUCCAGGUGGCCAAGAAGCUGUAGAGAAUUAUUGCAAAGAUGAGCAAAAUGAACAAUCCCAGUGCCCCCUUGAGCAGUUUCCUCACUUAGUAUAGUCAGACUAAAGCUAGAGUCUUGCCUUUCUUCCAGCAGCAUAUGAGAGUAAAAUACAUAGCAACGCAUGUGUGUCUGGAGCACAGCAGCGGGUCGUGCGGGCAGGGAAGAGUUUGUCCCAUGCAGGAGAAGCGGCAGCAAGGCUGUGUGUUGUGGCUGUGUGUCCCCCGUGCCCAUCCCUCUUCUGUCACCCCUAGAUUUGAGGUCAGUGAGACACUCUUCUUUCUGCUGGUGGUGGAGGGAGGCUGUUCACAGAACAUGGGGGGGGCUGCCCUGGGGACUUCCAAAGGCCCGUGGCUGUCCGAAACAGGGCCACGAACAGCAGUGCUGGCUGUGUCACUCCGACCUCUUCCUUUUGAGGGAAAGGAAAUCUAUCACUGUGAACUCCUUUCUUCUACCCUGUGCUACCCCCAGAGAAUAUAAUUUAUAGUUGUGGUUACCGUGCUACAUUCUGAGUGAGCUUUGUCAAUAGACAGUUCUCACCAGCUUGGCGUUGCUCCUCGGGCAUGUACUUUAACGAAUACCCCGUGUGCACUGAGCUGUGUGCUGCAUUGCUGGUGUGCUCCACACCUCCUAGGCUGGUUGGCAAAGUCAUCUUGCUGCUGUUUGGGAGUCUGUAAGGAUCGGCUUCCAUGUUUAGUUAUCAGAGCAGUUUCACCUCCCUCACCUCUGUGGUCCCAUCGUGGGGAGGAGCUGUUCUGCCGGUGAGCAGCCUGCGCCCUGCCUUGCAAAGAGGAUUUCUUUUUUAUCUCUGUGCUAGAAGGGGGAAGCGUCCUUGUUUGCUCAGGUAGCAGGAUGGCCCUGGCAGUGGGGUUGUGUUUGAGACAGUCUGUUUGCUUCUCAGGGAGGAUAGACAUGUUCCUAGGUGUUAUUUAGGGAAUGCUUUCUUGUAACACUUUAAAUAAACUACUGUGUGGCCUGUAGCCAUCAAUAAGCAGUGAGGUGUGCCAUUUAGCAUAUGUGCCAGAUGGUUUUCUCUGUGUGUGCGCACGUGUGUGUGUAUCAAGAUGAUGUCUGUGAGCAGACACUGUGACCACCAGUGCAUCAGGACUGGUGUGCAGGUACACCAGGAAAGGCUGUGCACUGGUCUGUUUGGGUCCCAGGUCAGCACUGUGCGUGUGUGUAGCGUAGAGGUGUCGAGCCAUGUUUAUUAUUGUUAAAAUACUUUGAAAAGUAGCCCUGAAAAUUUGUGAAACUUGACUAGAAUCACUACUUCCUUAUUUAAAUAGCCUAUCGUUAACUGCUUUUGUACCACAAUUACGAUACGUACAAGUAGCCAAGUACUUCCUCUCAGCUUCACAGCAUAGGUGUGAGGUGUGCAGCGUUUAAAGAAAGGUCAGACUUCACCACAGUAUAUGUACAUAAUACCCUAUUAGCCUCUCUGAUAGCACCCUGGCCAGGAGUGAUUUAUACCUGCUGUGCAUGACAUGAAUGUGGAUGCAAGUGACUCACUAAGAGGAAAUCUGGUUGGGGAAAAUAUGUGGAGGAGAUUGUUUUCAACCCCAGAAUAUUAUCAUUUCCUGCUAUCCAAAUGCCAGCUGUGUGAAGGUAGGUCAGCUGUGAAAGGCUGUCCUCUGUGGAUGAGAAAAAUAUUCUGUCUCUGACCAUUAGUGGUUGAUUUUGCCACCCCUGUCUUCCACAUCUUGGAAAUCAGAUGAGGAGGCUGGCUGGAGAGCUUGGUGCCUCGAGCCCUGUGUGCAGGGACCCUGGGGGUGGUACCUUCUGCAAGGCAGCCCUCCUGGCACCCCGCCGUGAUCGCUGCCAGGGCCAUGCUAACAAGAAAAGAGAAAGUAAUACAUCCCCUCCACAGGCUACUUGGUUAGAUCUGUUUCUUUAUCUUUGAAGUUGGGUUGUAUUUCUCUCUGUCACAGGGUGCUAAUGAGGAUGAAAACCAUGCAGUGGUGAGUAUGAGUAACUGAGGAGAGCUGGGCAGCACAGGGAAACUCCUGUGCAAACGUGGGUGUAAUGUUCUUUUUUUUUUUUUUCAAACCUUCAGAGUAGCGUUGCAAGUGCUGCUGCCCCAGGGGCCUGUCAGUAGAGCUGAUUUGGCAGACGGCUCUGCACUGGGGUAAAAGACUCAGCCUUGUGCCUAGGAUGAGCCAUUAAUUACUCAUCAGCCUUCUGUUGCAACAGGACUCCUUGCCCUUCAUCAGUGAAUCAUCCAGUUUAUUAGAAAAGUACCUUUACUUUCCUUGUUCGCCUGUCUCUGGUUAGAGACUGUGGCUUGGCUGGUUUGUGAAGCCUUUGGAAAUUUUGCCCGUAGGUGUGUGCUCUGGACUGCUGCCGCCUCCUCCCUUUGCAGUUCCUACUGUCUUGUUUUCUUCAGCUGUGGCAUUUAAAAGUCUGUAUGAGCUCGACUGAAAUGCUGUUUUUGCACGCAUGUGAGAUAAUGUAAUGCCUCUCUGACAGCUUCAAUAAAAGGAAAUGAGACAUGCGGAAGGCAGGCCAUUAAGAGCAAUAAAAUAAACUCUAAA